AAAGGUCACGACAAUGCCAUUAGGCCCGGCUGUCGCCGCGAGUUUGACUACUACAGACGCUCUACCUUAUUGCCUUUCGAUGGGACUGAUAUAUGGAGAACUGCCUCUGCCGACUCUCUAUCGAAUCACGUUCCCGACACCCUUCGCCUUCUCCUUCUACUACUCUACCUGCCAGAAAAUGGGCACGCCGACAUCAUCCCGAAAACGAUCCAGCAUGGCUCCAAGGAGGCCCGUCUCUAAAUUCCCGCCUCCGUCCAAGAAGCCGUCCCGACCAAACGCUAGCAUACUUAAUUUCUUCCAGAAAACGGAGAAGGAGGAGCAGGCUUUGUUCAUUGGCGAAGUGAAGCCUUCUACAAGCCCAUCCGCCGUCUCUAAACAGGAAGAUUCCGUAGCUACCCACGUCCUGGGGGACAUCAUUGGUGAAGAUGAUAUACGAUAUAACGAGAGUGGAUCAACUGUCAAGAGGAGGAAGCUGAGCAAGGACGAAGCGAUCGGCAACGAAAAGGAUCAAGAGGAUGCGUUUGAGGACGAGGCAGAUUCAAGCUCUGGAGGGCAGGGCCGGCUUGCAGCAAAGACGCCCGGGAAUUCACUACCAACAACAUCUGCGAAGAAGAAGACACCAUCGGUGAAGAGAAAAGGCCCUUUCCUCGAGGAAUCCGACACCGAGAGCGAGGAUGCCGAGACACCAUCCAAGCCGAAGCUUUCAUUCUCGACACCUGGUAAAGUCCCCGAUCCGGUCCCAAUCGCUUCUGAAGAUGUGGAGUCUAAGACCCCGGGAAAGGACACGAGUUGUCCACCUCCACCACUUAAGCAGGACGACGACGACGACAACGACGACAACGACGCCGCGGUUGCAGCAGAGUUUGCCCAUCUCGAUGAUUAUCCGGGUGGCGAGGAGUACCGCAUGAUGCUAUUCAUGGAAGAAGAACAAGCCAGGCUGGAAGCAGCAGAGUGUGAUGAUACUCUCGGCUCGAAUGGUGAACCCGACACGGCCGCAGAGACGAUGUCAUCCGAGAACUCCUCAGUGACGAAUUGUCCCAUUUGCGACGGAAGCCUCGCGGGAGUCAGUCCCGUCGAAGCGACAAGGCAUGUUAACGCCUGCCUCGACGGUAAUCCCAUUCCCUUGCCGGAGCCAGAGAAGAAAACGAACAAGAAGGACCCUGGUCACACCAGUCCGCCGCUUAACGUCGACGGACCGGAACUCGGAAAGCGGUUUGCCCGCGCUACCGUACCGCGGCCCGGACAGAUGAAUCCCUUCCGCCUCGACGAGAACGGAGGCAAGCCCAAAUCCAAUUCCGCCUUUGCAGAGCUGAUGUCCAGUCACGCCGAGAGCGCGGCAUGGGCGACCGCCGCGGCUGCAGAACAGGCGUCGCGCGGGAGGCCCGCCUACGAACGGACCUGUCCCUUCUACAAGAUCAUGCCCGGCUUCUCCAUCUGCGUAGACGCGUUCCGGUAUGGGGCCGUCAAGGGAUGCAACGCCUAUUUCCUGAGCCACUUCCACAGCGACCACUACAUCGGCCUGACGGCGAAUUGGUCCCACGGUCCCAUCUAUUGCAGCACUGUGACGGCAGACCUGGUGAAGAUGCAGUUGAGGACGGCGGAGAAGUGGGUGGUGCCUCUGGAGUUCGAGCAGAAGGUCGAGAUCCCGGACACCGACGGCGCAACGGUAACCAUGAUUCCGGCGAACCACUGUCCGGGCAGCUCGAUGUUCCUCUUCGAGAAGACGAUGGGAAAGGGGCCCAACGCCAAGACGCAGCGUAUUCUGCACUGCGGCGACUUUAGAGCCUGUCCGGCUCACGUCACCCACCCGCUCCUCAAGCCGUAUAUCAGAGAUGCUAUCACAGGAAAGACCAGGCAGCAGAAGAUCGAUGUCUGCUACCUGGACACAACCUACCUAAACCCACGCUACUCAUUUCCGCCGCAGGAGGAUGUCGUCCGCGCUUGCGCGGAGCUCUGCGCCUCCUUGUCCCCGGAUCCCAAUUCUACAGACGACCUCUGGGACCGCCUAGGCCGCAAAAACGCCACCGCCUCUGUUAGCAAGUUCUUUAUCUCCGCUAAGCAGGCAGACGCCCCGCAAGAAUCGUCAGCAGUUGACGACGACGGGACAGUGGCGCAGGCUGAGACUUCCACUGCUGACUCCUCCUUCUUCUCGAACCGAACGGGAAAGAACCCGCCUACCCCUCGGCAACGCCUCCUGGUGAUCUGCGGCACCUACUCCAUCGGCAAAGAACGCAUCUGCAAGGCCCUAGCCCAGGCGCUCAACACCAAGAUCUUCGCGUCCCCGGCCAAGAUGCGCAUCUGCGCCAAGCUCGGCGACCCGGAGCUCACGGCGCUCCUCACCUCGAACCCGCUCGAGGCCCAAGUCCACAUGCAGAUGCUCAUGGAGAUCCGCGCCGAGACACUCCGCGAGUACCUCGACUCGUACCGCCCGCAUUUCAGCCGCAUCGUCGGAUUCCGGCCGUCUGGGUGGAAUUACCGUCCCCGUCCUGCUUCGGCAUCUUCUUCUUCUUCUUCUUUAUCCGCACCGGGAGCAGCAGCGGCGCCUGUUUCCGUCACCGCCAGCACCACCCCCGGCAGCGUGCCCACGACGCAGAUGCUCCACUCGUCGGCGUGGCGUUCUCGCUUUACCGUCCGCGACAUGACGCCCCAGCGCGGCAGCGCGCGCGACGCCAUGUGCUUCGGCGUGCCGUACAGCGAGCACAGCAGUUUCCGGGAACUGGCGCUCUUUGUCAUGGGGCUGCGCAUUGAGCGGAUCGUCCCCACCGUCAAUGUUGGCAGCGAGGCGUCGAGGCGGCGCAUGAAAGGGUGGACGGACCGGUGGGUGGCAGAGAGGAGGCGGGGGGGGCUGGUGAUCCCGCUUGUCCGGGGGGAGGACGGGGGGGAAGGCGAGGAAGGGAAGGCGGGCAUCACGCUCUGGGACGGCAAGGACGGUAGGGGAGGAGGGGCAUGGUGGUGAGGAUGCUCUGCUCGUCGGUUAUACAUUCACGAUGCAAUUCAGCAGGGGCCGUGGUGUUCUGUAUUGUACAUGUACGUAUCUGCUCAAAAGGAUGUAGAGUACUCGAUUGGAAAGAUAGGGCUCUAUUGCCGCCCACAUGCUUACUUGGCUACCUAAGGUACUU